CGGUUACAUGGAGACAACCUGAGCCUCCGAGUUUGUGGGUGAAACAACAGGUUUUGUGAUUAAAACAAGAAGAAAACAACACAAAGUUUGAUCUGCCACAGAAACUUCGAGACUAUUUCACUCUGCCGCACCUCAGGGUGUGAGAGAUGGAAAACGGGACGUCUGAUGAUGUGGAGGAGCUGUGGGAGACGGUGGAGAGCAAACGCUAUGAACUGAGUUGCUCCAUCUCCCCAGCAAAACUCACCCCCUACCUCCGCCAGUGCAAAGUCCUGGAUGAGCAGGAUGAGGACGAGAUUCUCAACUCCCUGCUGCUGGUGUCCAAAGCAAACCGAACGAGCCGCCUGCUCGACAUCCUCCACACUAAAGGGGAGCGAGGUUACAUAGCGUUUCUGGAGAGUCUGGAGUUUUACUACCCUGAGCUUUACAAGCUGGUCACAGGGAAGGAUCCCACACGACGCUUCUCCACCAUCGUAGUGGAGGAAGGUCACGAGGGCCUGACGCAUUUCCUGAUGAAUGAAGUGAUGAAGCUGCAGCAGCAGUCCAAAGUCAAGACCCUGCAGAGUGUCGAGCUCAGCAGGAAGAACUGCACGCUGGAGGACGAGCAGAAGAAGCUGCGGCUGGCCAAUCAGGAGCUGCAGGCCUUUCAACAGAGAUACAAUAAGUUGAGGGAAGAUAGAAACACAUACAGUGAUGAGCUGCUGAGAGUGAAGGACGAAAACUACAAACUGGCCAUGAGGUACGCCACGCUGAGCGAGGAGAAGAACAUGGCGGUGAUGAGGAGUCGAGACCUGCAGUUAGAGAUCGAUCAGCUGAAGCACAGGCUGAACAAGGUGGAGGAGGAGUGUAAGAUGGAGAGAAGGCAGAGUCUCAAGCUGAAGAACGACAUCGAGAACCGGCCAAAGAAAGAGCAAAUCUUUGAGCUGGAAAGAGAGAACGAGACGCUCAAGUGCAAGCUACAUGAGCUACAGUCCUUCAUACAGCCUGGUCCUGCUUCAGAUAAGACCAUCCUUGAUAUUUUGGAGCAUGACAGACAGGAAGCACUAGAAGACAGACAGGAUCUGGUGAACCGCCUGUACAACCUGCACGAAGAAGUCAGACAGGCAGAGGAACUACGAGACAAGUAUCUGCAGGAGAAGGAGGAUCUGGAGCUGAAGUCCUCCACGCUGCAGAAGGACUGCGAGAUGUAUCGUAACCGCAUGGACACCAUCGCCAUACAGCUCGAUGAAGUGGAGAAGGAGAGGAACCAGGCAUUUCAAGCCAGAGACGAGGCCCAGCAUCAGUUCUCCCAGAGUCUGAUUGACAAAGACAAAUAUCGCAAGCAGAUCCGAGAGCUGGAGGAGAAGAGCGAUGAGCUCCAGAUUGAGAUUGUGCACAAAGAGGCCAAGCUGCUCACUCUGGAGUCUCGCUUACGACGGGUGUCCAAGGACGUUGUUCUGGACCAGCAAACUCUGCCAAGGGACCUGCCUCAGACCACCAUCUCUCAGGGGGACGGGUUUAGACCUAUCGCGGUCCAAUCAGAAUGGUCCAGUGAUGAGUCGCCAGAGGAGAAGCACUUUUGUGAGGAGCCUCGCCUCAAACGCAGACCUAAUCUUAAAGCCGGGAAUAGAGGUAAAUCUCCGAUCUGUGUCCCCAAAGACAGAGACUCAGAGUCCGCUGCAGCCCAGCCGGUUAACGGAGGAGAGUUUCUGGACAUUCAGACGUUGAACCAGCGCCUUCCUUCCUCCCCAAGCUUCCCCAUGUCCCCCUUGUAUUCUCCCAGUUCAGCUCCUGCACUCUCCUCCUGCCCCAUUUCCUCCCCACUUCCUUUCACCAUGAUGGAGCACAGCAACAGGCCCAAUAUGCUCCGUUACCGUAACGACAGCAUCCUGUCCACACUCCCUGAACCACCUGAGACAGGAUCGCUGUACCGCAGAGAGAGGGAGAAGGAACACGACUUCCAGCCUCAAAGCCUCUUUGACUCUGAUAGUGACAACAUGGACUGUGGCGACGAAGUGCAGCGUGGUCCUCCUUCUGUCCACUCAUCUUCUUCCUCCCAUCAGUCAGAAGGAAUGGACACUUUGGACCUGGAGCAGGUCAACAACAUCUUCAGGAAACUCUCUUUAGAGAGGCCCUUCCGUCCGUCUCUGUCCUCCUUCUCCAGGACCAGCGCAACCCUGAGGCCGGUGCAGGAGCUGUCGUUGCUAAGCGACAAUCUUUUAAAGGACAUCGCUCUGGUUGGUGGCAACCACAGCGGGAUUUUCGUCUCGAGUGUCCAAUCGGGUUCCCUCGCCGACAAGGCAGGGCUACGAGAGGGUCACCACCUCCUGUUGCUCGAGGGUUGCAUACGUGGGGAGAACCAAAGCAUUUCAUUGGACACGAGCACCCAGGAAGAAGCCCACUGGACGCUGCAGCACUGCUCUGGACCGGUUCGCCUGCACUAUCGAGCCAACUUCGAUGCUUACCGGCGUCUUCAGAGGGACCUUGCAGAGGGCUCACUGGCUUCUGGCGACUCUUUCUACAUACGGGUCAACCUGAACAUCUCUGGCCAAUCGGAGAGCUGCUCCUUGAGCGUGCGCUGUGAUGAGGUGGUGCACGUCCUAGACACCAGGCACCAGGGCCGCUGUGAGUGGCUGUGCACUCGUGUCGACCCCUACACCGGCUGCGACCAGUUGGAGCGUGGCACCUUACCAAGCAACUCACGGGCCCAGCAGCUGCUCCUGGUAAAGAUCCAGAAGUUACUGUGUCGAGGGGGUAAAGAUGAAAAUGAAAGCCUCCGCAACAGUCGGUGCAAUCUACAGCCAGAAGAAGCCAGCUCCUUACCCGAUCCUAAAUCCAGCCCACGCUUGUCAAGAGCCAGCAUCUUCCUCACCCAGAUACUACAGUUUGUCAGCAGGGUGGAUAUCAAGUACAAGCGAAUGAACAGCAAUGAGCGCGUGAGGCUCAUCAACUCCGGCAGCACAACACUACCCAGACAAGGCUUAGAGACGCUCAGACCAGAAGAUGCUGCUGACCCAGACAGUGAGCUGAGCAGGAAUUUGAACCUGAUUCCCUACAGCCCCGUCACCCUCCAGAGGACCCAGAGGAGAAGACCGGUCCUCUUCAGCCCCACCGCUCUGGCCAAAACCAUUAUCCAGAAAAUACUCAACAUGGGGGGAGCCAUGGACUAUGACAUCUGCAAACCAGACACCCUGUCCAAAGAGGACUUUCAUCUAAAACAGAACGUGGAGCCCUUCAUUCACUACAAAGAGAAACAAGGCACAUUUGAAUGCAUCACCCGAGAAAACAUUGAGGCUGUUGCUGCCAAGAAUGAGGUAGAUUGUGAUCAUACGCCGACUGUCUGGUUAGAGGACAACCGCUCUACCCCCUCAGCCACAGCCGCCCCCAGAGAUCAGAACCAGGAGAAAGCUGACAUGUAA